ACCAUUCCUGGCCUGCUGUAUCGAAGUGAUCUCGGAGUCCUCGACGCCCAAUGACGACAUCUCCGACAUGAGCCACUACGGCCCGCCGUCCAAUGGCGCAGCGUUCCCACGCGGCGGCCCGCCGCCCUUCCGCGGGCCGCCACCAGCAUUUCCACGCGGAGCUGCGCCCCCAUUCCGUCCGCCGUUCGCUGCACGAGGACCGCCGCCUCCUUUCGGCUUCCGAGGACCUGCACCAACACUCCGUGGGCCUCCCGCCGGGAUGGCCCGGCCGCCAAUGGGUCUCAACAUACCUCCGAUGAUGGCUACACCCGGUUUCCAAGCCCCACCGUCACCAGCGAGUACAGGUCCAGUAUUACCUCCAGGAUGGAAUGAAUACAGAACACCCCAAGGAGCUACGUACUACUAUAAUUCUAGUACGGGGGUAAGUACCUAUGACUUCCCCUCACAAGCUUCAAUGGACCCAAAUACCACGAAAUGGGUGGAAUACAAGGACGAAGCGACCGGAGCCUACUACUAUUUCAAUAAAGUAACAAAAGAGACGGUAUGGGACCAACCAGAAGAGUUCAGGAUGCAAAAAGCACGAGAACAAGUAGCCAAAAUGACGAGCGAAGCGCUGCAAGUGGUCUCUCCAAUGCAGAAUAUAAUUCCUAUACAGAAUCCCGACCCCAGCAGCACAGCGUCUACUGAAAAGGAAGACGAAGACGAUGAAGAAGAACUUAAACGACAAGAAGCACAGCUACAAGCCCGUAAAAAGCGCAAAGAGAUCCAGGAACAAGAACAAGCUGCUCAAUUCGCCGAUAUGCCACGUGUUGAGAGAAUGGCUACAUUCAAACAGUUUCUGGAGGAUAAGCAGAUUACACCCACUUUAAAGUGGGGCGACGCUCAGCGUGUGAUCAGCAAGGACUCGUCGAUGGCUAACGAUCCGAGAUGGAAGUUUGCGUUGAACACUGUGGGCGAGAAGAAGCAGGCUUAUGCCGAGUACUGCACUCAGGCUAAGAACCGCGCGACUAUCGAAAAGCGUCGACUAAUAAAGAAGGCACGCGAGGAUUUUAUUGAGCUUUUAGGACUAUUCGAGUCCAGUUUAGCUCCUCCUCGUCGUCGGCAGGUCUCGUGGGAAGAAGUGAGCGAGAGUAACAACUUCUACGCUAUGCGUAAAGACCCUCGAUGGUCCGCUAUUGACGAGACUAGAGAGAAACAGCAGCUGUUUGCGACGUAUAUGCAGGACUUGGAACGCAACCAGAAGGCUCGAUUGGUGAAGCAACGAGAGGCUCUGCAUACAGGCUUUAUGGAGCUAUUACGACAGCGUGUGGAGGCUAAACAACUGGACCUCGGACGCUCCAGUAAGCGUCUGGAUAGUGACGUUAAACGUCGUGUGUUGGAGUUAUUGGAAGACGUGGAACUCCCUGGUAGUAAGGGAAAAAUCGGUGAAGAUGCACUGCGGAUUGUAGACCGACAUGAUGUGUACGACUGGGCGGAGGAUUUCGUACGUGAACGUCGAGAACUCGAACAUGAGCAGAGGAAACGUGAGCGCGCUGAACGUGCUGAACGGAUUGAGAAAUUAGGACGGGAGUUGAAUGAGAAGCUUCAAGAGCUCGCAGCGAGUCAAAAACUGACGGUUGGAAGUACGUGGGACGAGUUUGCUGUGGAGUAUCUUAAAGAAGCCAUUGAACAAAAGGCAAAGGAAGAAGACGAUGAUGAAAAUCUGCAUUGGAAGACGCAGAGACGGAUUUUUGACAAGUUUGUGCGUAGAUUACGUCGCGCUCUUGAGCCUGCAGCAUCCGUGAUUCGUAAGUACUUGGAUCGUAGUGGAGAGCCGCCACUACGCGUGACAGAAGCCACGAAGUUUGCGGUAUUUAUCGACGCGUUGGAGAAUGGCGUGGGUGUUGCAAUCGACAGUAACGCGCCUGAAGAAGGCGAGGAAGGAGAAGAGUCCAGCGACCUGAAGGAGAGCAACGGGGCUGCAGAUACUGAAGAAGUUACGCUUAAACCUGAACAAGUUGAUGCCGAACUGGAAGCAGCUGUGAAGAAGCAGCGAGAGAGUGAGGACAGCACUACGGAGUUCCCUGAAUACGUACGUCAAGUGUACGAUAUGUGGGUGGCUAUGGCUAAAGAAGAGAGCAGAAGAGAGUCGGAAAAGAAGGAGAAGCGACGUAAACGAAGCCGGAAAGACAGUCACGAUAGUGAAGAGGAUGAAGACCGACCACGUCGACGCUCGUCAGUGGAUGAAGACGAGAAAAAUCACAAGAAACGUCGAAGUCAUCGCUCUAGAAAGCGUCGACGAAGUCACGGUUCGCUAUCGCCUUCACGUUCCAGAUCUCGCUCUCGGUCCAAGUCUCGACGUCAUCGCAGUCGAAGUCGCUCUCGGUCCCGUGAUCGGGAUGUGUUGCCUCCUAGUCUUGCAGCUGUUAACGUUAAGCCUGUGGUGGAUACAGCGACAAGUGAGCCAUUUUCACCCCUUCGAACGCCUUCCAAACCGCUGUCAGAAGCGGAAGAAGCCGCGAAAGCCGAGGAAAUAAUUCGUCAGGCACGAUUAAAGAUGCAAGCGAAGGGAAAAGGUAGCUCAGAUGAUGAAUUGGAAGAAGGAGAGGAGCUUGAAGAGGGCGAAGAAGAGGAAUAGCAGAAAAAAAUUAGGCAUGUAAGGUAUUGUAAGGCCAAAAUGGCUAUAUCAAUAAUUGCAACAAUACGGCCUAAAAAGUAUCAAA